AUGGCGAUGACAGUGUCGCUGGCGUCGGCCUUCUGUCCACAGCACUGCCGCUGCGACGACGCCCGGCUGGAGGCCAACUGCUCGGGCGCCCAGCUCGACAGCUUCCCGAUCGCGCUGAAUCCGCGCCUGAAGAGGCUCCUGCUGGCCGGCGGCGGCAUCCGCCAGCUACACCGCAACAUGAUGGUCUCCUCAUACAAGCAGCUGGAGGUGCUGGACCUCAGCCGGAAUGGUCUGCGGGACUUGCAGCUGGGCAGCUUUGCGCACCAGCACCGGCUGCGCGAGCUGCGGCUGGCUGGCAACCGGCUGUCGCAGCUGGCGCCGCGCGUGCUGGCCGGGCUGCAACAGCUGCGCGAACUGGACCUCAGCGGUAACCAGCUGCAGAGCCUACCAAGCGGCCUGCUGCGCACCGUGCCUCUGCUCGAGGACCUCAACCUGGCUGACAACCAGCUGCAUCUGCUACCGCUGCCGCAGCUGGCGGUGCUCGAUCUCUCCUCCAACCGGCUGGCGCAGCUGGACGGCGGGGAUCUGGUGCUGCCUGAACUGACGCACCUCAGCCUUGCUGGGAACCGGCUGGCGCGGCUGGACAGCGCCGCGUUCGCAGACCUCGGCUCCCUGCGUCGCCUCGUGCUCUCCGACGCCGGGCUAGCGCGCCUGGAGGGCGCCACCUUCGCGCCGCUCGCGCAGCUUGAGGAGCUCUACCUGGACGGGAACCGCCUGCGGCGGCUGGGCGGCGAGCCGCUGCGCGUGCUUCCGCGGCUCCGACUGCUCUCCGUGAGCGGGUGUCCGCUGCUGAGCGCGCUCGAGCCGGACGCCUUCGCCGCCGGGCCGGCGCUCCAGGAGCUCCUGAUCGAGCGCAACCCGCGCCUGACGGCCGUGCCGGCCGGCGCCUUCCUGCGCCUACCACGUCUGCGUCGGCUCAGCCUGCGCGCCAACGCGCUCGCCUGGCUGCCAGCCGACGCCUGCGCCUGGCCGCGCUUGCAAGCGGGCCUGGGCGACAACCCGUGGUUGUGCUGGUGCCCGUCACAGAACUGUGACCGCCGCAUGGAGCGGACCUGGGGCGAGACGUGA